CCCCUAACCCCGCCAGGGCUGGGAUUGGACCUCGGACCAUUCUAAAUCCGCCUUCUCCCUUCGGUGACCAAAUGGUUUCCUCUGGCCGAGGGUGGGGGCGGGGCUGAGGAAGAGUGGCAUCUAAUCUUUAGAAACAAAACUGUUGGCGCCAGUGCACCACGAUCAUGGCGCAUGCGUGCUCUUUCGCUGCUCCGGCUGGUCGCACUUGUUCUUAGGAGGUGGAGAAGUAGGUAGAAGACCGCCGAAACCGCGUGCCCAAAACAAACAAAAGCUUUGCGCGUGCGCCCUAAGACUUCCAGGCAUGCGCCCUGGACAUCCCCGGAAGUAGUUCUGACCGAGACUUCACGUGGAUGGAGAUGGAGACGGAACUCGGGAUUAGCACCGGGGCUGGGUUGGGUGCCGAUACAGAUCUAAGCCCACGGGGUUCCGGCUGCAGCCUCCGGCAUUUCGCCUGCGAACAGAACCUGCUGUCCCGACCCGAUGGCUCCGCCUCCUUCCUGCAAGGUGACACAUCAGUCCUGGUGGGGGUCUAUGGACCAGCAGAGGUCAAAGUCAGCAAGGAGAUCUUCAACAAGGCCACGUUGGAGGUGAUUCUGAAGCCCAAGAUAGGGCUACCUGGAGUAGCAGAGAAGAGCAGGGAGCGGCUGAUCCGGACCACGUGUGAGGCCGUGGUGCUGGGGACCCUGCACCCCCGGACCUCCAUCACCAUCGUCCUGCAGAUCGUCAGUGAUGCUGGCUCGCUGCUGGCCUGCUGCCUGAAUGCAGCCUGCCUGGCCCUGGUGGAUGCCGGGGUGCCCCUGCGGGCCCUGUUCUGCGGCGUCACCUGUGCCUUGGACCUGGAUGGUGGCCUCGUCCUAGACCCCACGGCCAAGCAGGAGAAGGAGGCUCGGGCCAUCCUCACCUUCGCCCUGGACAGCACUGAACAGAAGCUGCUCAUGUCCACCACCAAAGGCCUCUACUCUGUGGCUGAGUUCCAGCAGUGCCUCGCCGCGGCCCAGCACGCCUCUCAUCACAUCUUUCGGUUCUACAGAGACUCUCUGCAGCGACGCUAUUCCAAGAGCUGAACAGGAGCCAGGCCUGGCCCCCCCCCCCCCUCCCCCCAAGAAGAAGGGGUCUCCGAGGGCCCCCUGAGGCCCACACUGUAAGCCCCCAAAAUGUAAAUAGCACAUCCUUGUUUACCUUUCAA